UCAAUACUAAUACUGAUUAUUGUUAAUAAAUUUUAAAGCCCCGUCGACGAGAAGAAAAGGUCGUGGCCCUGCUAGUAAUAAUGUUCUUGAAGAACGAAGGAAAAAAGCUGGGAAACCAUUGGAUCUAGAGCUUGAUCCUGUGACCAACAAAGUGGUUGGGCAGGAGGAUCAAGCUUUUAUUCGCAUGUUGGGAACUCUAGUUUCCAUGUUGUGUCCGGGGCAUUAUUUGGAUUUUGCUGAUGUACCUCAACAGUUUAAGGAUCAAGCGCUUGAUCGUAUGAGGUAUUACUAUAAUAUAGACGGUCAUCCACAACGUGAGUCAGUUCUGGCAACUCUCAACAAGGAGAUGGGGGAAAGAUAUCGCGAGAGAAAGAACUAUAGACAUAGACACUUCAAAAAUCAUUAUGCUGGACCAGAAGAUUUGGAGAAUGUCCUCUCUAAGCCACCUAACCAUUGCACUAAGGAGGCUUGGCAGCUUAUUUGUGAAAUGUUUUUGAGCGAAAGAUUUUUGGCUCGUUCCGCUAAAAAUCAAGCAAACAGAAGACAAAUGAAGUAUGUAACAACACAAGGCACAAAGUCGUUGGCAGCUAAGCGUCACGAAUAUGAGAACCCGAAUGCGCAUGUUGUUGAUACUUGGAGGGAUGCUCAUAUGAGAAAAUCGACAAAAUCUUUUGUCAAUGAGGCAGCUCAACAAGAUUAUGAAAAAAUGGCGGCUGAGGUUGAGAGGUCACAGAAUGAGAGGCAAAGUCAACAGCAGAGUGAGGCAUCUCUAAAUGUAUCUGGUGUUGAUUUGUCCCCGGUCGAUCAAUACGAGAUACUAAGUAAAGUACUCGGGGAGAGAUCUGACUACCAAAGAGGAGUGGGUUAUAGGGCGAAAGGGAAGGCAAAAAAGACAUCCUCUAGCUCUACAGAUCAAAGUCAGUCCCAAGCAAAUACUGCUGCUUCGCCUAAUGAAGAUAUGAGAGUUAUGGCUUUGCUGGUGAAGGCAAUUCGUGAGACGUUUGAGACUUCGACAACUGUGCAUCCCAGUAAACUGUAUAACCCAAUGUUUGACAGUUUUCUGCAGAGGCAUUUGCCACCACAAUCCGAAGGUGCUUCGUCUUCUCAGUCUCCGUCACAGCAGUAUCAGCCUCCGUCACAGCAGUAUCAGCCUCCUUCACAGCAGUAUCAGCCUCCUUCACAUCAGCAGUAUCAGCCUCCUUCACAGCAGCAGUUCCAGUCUCCUUCACAGUAUCCGCCGCAGCAGCUGUACCAGCCUCAUCCAAUGUAUCCACCACAUAUGUCGUCGCAACAACCUCCUCAGUAUCAAAACCAAUACAUUUUUGGACCCCAUUCUCAGUCUCCUCCACAAUAUUUUAGUUUUACCGAUUUUCCAGGAGGAUCGAUGCAGCCUCCGCCACAGCCACAGCCUCGAGAUCUGUUUGGGGACCUCACGCUCAGACGAUCAUCACAACCACCAUAUAUUCCUUCACCGCCACCGCCACGGCCGCCACAGCCACCGCCAUCGUCACAGCCAUCGUCCUCACAGCCAGACCAAAAUGUUGAAGAUGAGGACAAUUUCAAUAUUAAUCUUAAUGAUUUUCUUUAGUUACUAGUUUAUAUAUUUGGACUGAAUUAAUACUUUAUUUAUUUUUAAUGACUAUAGUGAUAUUUACUAGGUUGAUAAAUAUUAAAACUAUUUAUAUUAA